AAAUCCACUUGCUUUCGAUAGCUUUGCAUCGAUAUCGCAGAAUGCAGCGACAACCCUAGAAAGCAUUCCACAGUGUUUUGUUGUUUUUUUUGUGCAAGCGUCGCAUUAACCGUGUUCUAUAUCCAAAUCGGGCAUAUAUAUAUAUAUAUACAUAUAUCAACCAUAUCGGAUUACAAGUGCCACGGAGCUCAAGUACAAUUCCCUGCGGACACCUGACGAGGAUUCCCCCAGUGGAGUCAUCUCCAAACAGCUGAGUAAGGAACAAAGGAAGAGCACAACAAACAGACGCAUACACAUAAGUACUGGGGAGAGCGAGUGAGACGGGGUGAGACUAGAAGAGCGAGAGAGGUAGAGGGAGCACAAUGGGACGCAUUUUCUUGGAACAUCUUGGGGGUCUAAAACUCUUCAAUUGCGCCCAAUGCCACACGAACCUGACCAACCGUAGUCAACUGAUCAGUACCCGAUUCACGGGCGCAACAGGACGCGCCUAUCUCUUUAAGCGUGUGGUCAACCUGACCUUCAGCAACAUCCAAGAACGGGUCAUGCUCACGGGACGCCACAUGGUGCGCGACGUCAUGUGCAAGAACUGUGGCGCCAAACUAGGCUGGAUGUACGAGUUUGCCACCGAGGAAUCACAAAAGUACAAGGAAGGUCGCGUUAUCCUGGAGUACGCCUUGAUCACAGAGGCAGAGGGUUUUCCUUCGGAAGCCGCCACCACGAGUCAUUGAGCCGAUUGAGUAACCAGCCGGAAAACGAGAACCACGCAUUGGCGAACCUUGUGUAGCCCUAAGUAUUGAGUAGAAGGCCACAGGCGAUGGCUUCUAUGCAUUAGACCUAGUUUAGAGAUCGCCGUAGUCAGCUCCGGUGUUCGGGAUACCGAAGUAUCGGUUGCACAUCCGCCACGGAGCACCUACGUCUACGGCACUGUCUUAACGUGACUUAAACGUAGUUGUAGGCACAUCUAGCACGUAAGCAGCUGCGGCGCCCAAUUCUACCAUUAAAAUGUCAUGAGGCUGAAGUGCUAAAACAAAAAAGGUCCUGUUACUCAAUUGGAACUAAUUCAGAACUGAUGAUCCACACUUGUCUUUUUCAAACAAGAUCUCUAGACCGUAAUCAAUCAGCAAUAAAGUACCACAAUAAUCGAAUAGAA